GUGACAUGGUCAAAUGCCUAUAAAGACCAUGUGGAGAUUGGUAUUAUAAGAUUUGGCCAUUUAAAGAAUGAAAAGCCGAACCGGAAAAAUAGUAUCCGAUCAACCUAAUUCUAGAGUUAUUUUCGUUCUGUGUUAUACAUUGGCCUCACAUCUAGACAAUCUAGAUGUCAUGUAAAUAUGUCGAAUGUCAACGUUUCAAAUUGAGUGACAAUUGACACGAAUUGAAAUAACAAAUUAAGAUGAUAUCUGCUAUACCUAAAUGUCAGUUCCUACCUAAACUAUGAAGUUAUUAUUUAUGAUUGGCGAAUUGUUUAGUUUGAUAUUCUAACUAUAUAAUAUUGAUAGCAAUAUUGAGUAUCUGCAAAGUUUUUAUUACUGGUUUUAUUACUCGCGCAGUGUGAAUCAUACAUCUUGAGUGUAAUUGAUAGACUACUAAGAGAUCGGUGUAAUUAAAUAAACAAAUACAAUGUCGGAUGUACCUAUGGCAAAAGAUGAUGCUUCCGGAAUUCCAAAUGGAGCCGACAACAGUGGCGACAAGUCGCCUCAACCCCCUGCAACACCUCCACCUACCGAAGAAGAAACCCAAGAAAUAAUUGUUGUUAACGAAAAUACAGAAGAAUUGGAUCUAAAUCAUGGUCGGAUCGGGAAGAUCGAAAACUUAGAGCCACUUAAAAACUUAGAAAGAUUAUAUCUGAGAUGGAAUUUAAUAAAGAAGAUAGAAGGUUUGAGCACCUUGACUACAUUAGUAGAGUUGGAGCUGUACGACAAUCAGAUUGUAGUCAUGGAAAAUCUGGACAACUUGGUUAAUUUAGAGAUCUUGGACCUUUCUUUUAACAGAAUAAAAGAAAUAACUGGCCUCGAGAAGCUUCUGAAUGUAAAAAAACUGUUUCUAAGUUCUAACAAAAUAUCAGAAAUAAAGAAUGUCAAUCAUUUACCCAAGUUGGAGUUGCUUGAGCUAGGUGACAACAGAAUAAGGGAAUUAAAAAAUCUGGAUGGCUUAAAAUCACUAAAACAUCUUUAUCUAGGGAAGAAUAAAAUUACAAAAAUUCAGAAUCUCGAUGAUUUGACUAGCCUGGAGAUCCUAGUUUUGCAAAGCAAUCGGCUGACUGUAAUUGAGAACUUAGAGAAUCUCACCAGCUUGGACCAGUUGUAUUUAUCUGAGAAUGCAAUAACUGCUAUUGAAAAUAUGGAUUAUCAGGUCAAACUACAGACUUUAGAUUUAGCUAUGAAUAGAAUAAAAGUUAUUGAGAAUGUGAGGCAUAUGAUUGAUUUAGAAGAGCUAUGGUUAAAUGACAAUCAAAUAUCAGAAUGGUCAUCAGUUGAAUAUCUGCAGGAGAACAAGAAGUUGGGCACAAUUUACCUUGAGAGGAAUCCAAUAGCAUCUGACCCAGCAUACAGAAGGAAGCUAAAACUCAUUCUACCCUCACUACAACAAAUUGAUGCUACACUGUGUAGAUAAACCUAAUUUUAUUUGUAGCAUAGUAUUAUCGUGAGGUUAUUAAAAUUUGUGUAUUAAGAGUAGUUUAGUGUCAUUAAAUUAUUAUUACCUUAAUACGUAGAUAUAGUUUUGUUUAAUUUAACUGUGGUCAUGAAGGAAACAAAUUAUCUAACUUUGAUCCAAAUGUUUAAAGUAAAAUACGUAGCUAAAAUAUUAAUAUGUUACAAUUUCCUAAAUUGUCUUCGUUUUGUGACCAUGGUAUAGAAACAUAAGAUCUUUUUACUGUUUCUUAAAUAUUGUAUUUAUUGGAUUAUUUUAGAAUAUUUUGAGAGCAUUAGAUAUGUAAGCAUUACAUUGAUAUUUUGUAUGUUGUUCUAGAUAUUUGAGUAAAAGUCAACCCGUCCUAACAGCUUUACCCAGAUAAAUCCUAGAAAAGUUUGUAAAUAUUAUAAGCUAUUUAGAAUAAAAUAAAUCAAUCAUGCCUACAUACUAUCUGUUUAGUAAAAUUCGAUUCAUUUUCUCAAGUUAUUCCAAUUAUUGUAUGUGAUGUUUGAUUGGCAUAAAAAUAAUUUCAUCACUAUAUCGCAAUUUCUUAUCGAAAAAAAUGGUAUAAGGGUAAUGCAUAUUAUAUGAUAUUAAUGUGUACCUGAUUCUUGAGAAAAAGUAGAAAAUAUAGACGGGGUAGCAAUGAGAUCUUAUAAGGGUUAUAUUUUUUCGUUUAGUGUUACGGAACCCAACUAAACUAACUUCAUUUUAUUUUUUCAAUGAGAAAAAUAAGGACCUAUAAUUGAACCUUGUAGUACACCAAUUCACAUUACAGCUCUAGUGGUCGUUACUCUAUUAUCAUUAAGUGCAAGUUGUCUUGUAUUCAUUAAAUAUUAUGUGAUAAGAUUGCGAACUUUAUUUUUCAUACCAUAGUGAUUAAGGUUUUUUGAAAAGGUAGCACGAUCCACACUGUCGAACGCCUUUCUUAAGUCAAAAAAUAAUGCUAUUCCAUUAAUGGAUUGUUUUAAAGCGGAAUAUAUUAUUCCUACAUCAUCACACGAACUCAAAAAUCUCAUUUUAAUUUUUUAUUCGUUAUUAAAACCAACAAUAGCAUCAUGUAAAUUGACUGAAAUCAGUUUAUAAGACGAUGUGCUAAGCUGUUCUAUUUAUUGCAUAGUUUAAUAAUAAUAAUAAUAUGCGUGAAGUACGUUCUAUACUUAUAAUGCCAGUCCGUCUGUAUCUCAAAAUGUUGCAGUUGCCGCAAAAAUCCGCCUUAUUUGGCUUCCAUUCCACGACUUAAAGAUGUACUGCAGAUAUUGUGUUUCCAGGCAGUCUCAGACUCUGCCGGGAGCCUUGUGCAGAUGAAGGAGCGAGCACUCAGUGUACCAGCCAUCAACAAAGUUAACUUUAAACUAUAAAUAUUAUAGCCACUCAAUACUAAAUGUGCAUCAAUAUGCAACAAGGGUACAAGAAACAUAAUAUGUAACUAGAUAUGUUCCCGAUUUUUUUUUGUAGCAACAUAUGCUUUUUGGCAAAACUAAUGCUAAACCAUACUCCCAAAAUGUAUGUACUUCGUCCUGUAAUUUAGUAGAAGUCGCACUAAAUGUAUGUGCAUUGUGUAGUGUUCGUCCGGGUCAGAAUAAUUGUCGGGGCGCCCAAUUUCGCCGUAAAACUUUUUUAUAAGAGCAAGUGAUAACAGCUAAAUAUUGUCACAACUGAUCGGUGCUGUCAUUUAAAAAAAAAUCUUAAAUUUGGAGGUUGCGCCAUUACUUGAAUUGGUGUUAACAUUACUUGUGUCAAAAAGCAUUUUGCUACUGCGAUUCCUCGUUAUCGGAGGAUAUAACAAUGUUUUAUUCUAUAUUAUGUACCUAAAGACAUUUAAAGCGAUUAGACCGACACAACAACACUAUUACUAAUAAGUUCGUGCCAACCAAUUUUUGCGGGGCAUAUGGGCGUGGCGUACAAAACGCGAUCAAAAUUAGCCAAUCACAUCGCUUUCCGCCAAAAGCGGUCACGAGUCAAUGUGUCCUUGCACUGUAUAGUAUAUGACUAAGAUCUAUGGUAAUUGUUUUCAGGCAAAACUCAUAAUUUAGUAGAAUUAUACGCUAUAACAUACGUUUUAAUAUUUAUAUUUAUAAAACUUAAAACACGUCAAUUGUACUCAACGGUGAUAGGUAAUGCUUGUCAGUCAGCUUUGUUAUAAACUACUGGUCAAUUUUAACACCACAAAACGGAACAAUUCGUAAUUUUUAUCGUUUUAUGUCUCACGAGUCGCGUUGCACGUUGUGUCUGAGAUGCGGACUGAACGGAGAACGCGCAUGUAACGUUAUUUUGUAAUUUUUGGUCACUUGACCGCAGCGCGGUUCAAGGGCUGGCGAAAGCUUAGUUGGUCUGCCUAUCUCAAUAAAUGUCUUUGUACCUAUACCUACUAUGUUAAAUAAAUAUUAAUUAUUUGUAAAUUA